GCUGCGCGCGCGCGGACUACGGUUCCCGGGGUGCCGCGCGGCGGCCGAAGGAGCGGCGGCCGGUGCCGGCGGCGGCUGCGCGCGAGGAGCGUGCGCGCAUCGGUGCUGUGGCGCGGCGGCGGGAGCGCGCAGGCAGGUUGAGGUGAGCGCGGCGCCCCCGCCCGACGGGUCCCGCCGCAAGCAGGAGCGGCCGCGCCGGGAGGAGCCGCUGCCACCGGCGCUGUCUCUCAGCUCGUUCGUCUCCUUCCUGUGGCGGCAGCGGCUGCUGCGCGGCGGGGCGAGGGCCGCCCUCCCCCGUCGGCCGCGGCGGGCGGAGCGGCGGCAGCAGCAGCAGCAGCAGCAUGAGUGGCAGCGGUGCUGUCCGGAGCACAGCGGUGAGGGCACGGGUGGCAGCGCGGCUGCUGGCGGUGCUCGGCUGCGUCCUGACAGCGAAGGCCCAGCUCACAGGAGUCCUAGAUGAUUGUUUGUGUGACAUAGAAAGCAUCGAUGACUUCAAUACUUUCAAGAUCUUCCCUAAAAUACAGAAACUGCAAGAACGUGAUUACUUCAGAUAUUACAAGGUCAACCUGAAGAGACCAUGCCCAUUUUGGGCUGACGAUGGCCAUUGUUCUAUCAAAGAUUGUCAUGUAGAGCCUUGUCCUGAGAGCAAAAUACCUGUAGGAAUUAAGGCUGGGAGCUCUAAUAAGUAUUCAAAAGCGGCAAAUAAUUCCAAAGAGUUGGAAGACUGUGAACAAGCUAACAAACUGGGAGCAGUUAACAGUACCUUAAGUAACCAAAGUAAGGAGGCUUUCAUUGACUGGGCAAGAUACGAUGAUUCACAGGAUCAUUUUUGUGAACUUGAUGAUGAGAGAUCUCCAGAUGCACAGUAUGUGGAUUUGCUGCUGAAUCCAGAACGUUACACUGGAUACAAGGGGCCCUCUGCUUGGAGAGUGUGGAACAGCAUCUAUGAAGAAAACUGCUUCAAGCCCCGAUCUGUCUACCGUCCUUUAAAUCCACUGGCGCCUAGUAGGGGAGGAGAUGAUGGAGAAUCUUUCUACACAUGGCUAGAAGGUCUUUGCCUUGAGAAAAGAGUGUUUUAUAAACUCAUUUCUGGACUUCAUGCUAGCAUCAACUUGCAUCUGUGUGCAAAUUAUCUUCUUGAAGAAACGUGGGGGAAGUCUUGCUGGGGACCAAAUGUGAAAGAGUUUACUCGCCGCUUUGACCCUGUUGAAACAAAAGGAGAAGGACCAAGGAGGCUCAAAAAUUUAUAUUUCUUGUAUUUGAUAGAGCUGCGUGCUUUGUCAAAGGUUGCACCAUACUUUGAGCGUUCCGUUGUUGACCUUUACACUGGAAAUGGCCAUGAGGAUGCUGAAUCUAAAGCUCUCUUACUAGAUAUCUUCAGGGACACCAAGUCCUUCCAUAUGCACUUUGAUGAAAAGUCCAUGUUUGCUGGAGAUAAAAAAGGAGCCAAGUCAUUAAAGGAAGAAUUCAGAUUGCAUUUCAAGAACAUAUCCCGCAUAAUGGAUUGUGUUGGAUGUGACAAAUGCCGGCUGUGGGGCAAACUACAGACUCAAGGCUUAGGAACUGCUCUGAAAAUCUUGUUUUCUGAGAAGGAAAUAAAGAGCCUUCCUGAGAAUAGCCCAUCAAAAGGUUUUCAACUCACACGUCAAGAAAUAGUUGCUCUUGUAAAUGCCUUUGGAAGGCUUUCCACAAGUAUAAAAGAGCUGCAGAAUUUUAAAGUUUUAUUACAGCAAACAAGGUAAUGAAGGCCUUUGCACAACUCAUUAGUGAAGACCAUUUACAUGACUGCGUUGAGCAGAAGGAACUGAUCCUUACAGGACUCACAUGAACUGAAAAAAGUAAAAACAAAUACCAACUUGAAUAUUUAUGUUUAAGCUACGAAUGGUUAUUAAUUAGAAAAGAUAUUUAUGAAUGAAAUAUAUGGUUUUUAAAUGUGUAAAUUAUGCUGAUCUGUUUAUUUUUAAGUUCUCUGCUCCCAGUCUGUUGUACUGAAACUUCCUAAAUGUUCUUGAUUUCCUUGUCUUUCUGAGACAGUUGUUUUAUAUGAAAACAUAGGGACCUCUCCGCUGACUUGGCCGGUUCUGAGGGAGGCUGUUUGCCUCUCUCCAGCACCGAGCUUCAGUGUACCCUGAGGAUGGGGCUCUGCUGAUUCGGGCUGUCGGAAAGAUGAAAGGAGGGGGAAAAAAACUAAAAAAAGAAAAAAAGAAGUGGGGCUCCUGUUGAGUUCUGACUUCUCACUGCGAUGGGAAACUUACUUAAUAGGAAAUUUACUGAGCAGAAAAUUGCGUUUCAUACCGAGCUCUAUUGCCUCAUGCUGAGAGCCUUUUUCCUCCUUCCGUGCUGCUUUUCACAAUUUCCUUUUUUCUUUCAAACGCCGGCCGUGUCUGUGGUGCAGCACAGCUCACAGUGACUCUGCGGCAGCCCCUGGGCUACCUGCCCUUGCCUGCGGGUGCGGGGCUCAGGAGGGGAGGUGCUUAGUGGAGCGCUGGCAAGCCUCAGUCGAUCAAAUUCGCUUCCACACCAUUUUGUUUUCUAGGUUGUAAUCCCAGGUUCAGUCUCCAGAAACGGUCUUUUUGGUGUCUGAAAUGUUAAAAUAGCACAUUUCAAUCUUCGAGCUGUGGCAAUAGAUUUGCUCUUUAUGGGUUAUGUUUUAGUGCUGCACUUAUAAGGCCAGUGCAAAAUUAAGAACUUGUUUUUGUAGUCACUUUUAAAAAAAGAUCCUUUCUAAAAUUCAGUCACGCUGACAUCUAACACUGCAUGAUCUAUCUAUGCAAUCCCUAACUAUCUUCUUUAAAAGGAUAUUCAGCAUAAAAAAACGGGUAUGUUAAUAACAUAACAUUCAUAAAAUAAGAAAUUACUCAUGUAUCGUUGUCCACAGCUGUCAAUGAUAACUUACCAUUGUCCAAAACAGAAUCCAGAAACUGAUUAGUAGCAACCAAAUGUUGGUUUAAUUUAAAAUGAAGUAAUAAAUUGUUCUAAACCAGCAUGUUUCAAAGUGAGGUUAUGAAUGUGGGAAGUGCUGGUACAGUGUAGAUACAUCUCUUGUUUUUCAAAGUAAGUCUUCAUAAAAUAAAGUGCUCUUAAACAUUUUUCACUCUACCAGAUAUUUAGUGACCUGUUUAUAUAAUUGAUUGUAACUGUAUUGGCUUGAAUAAUGUGGUCUUUUACAGCUGACAUUGUCUGAAAGCUGGAAUAUGCUCCAUGUCCUUUGUUUCCAGACUAGCUUCAAACUUCUACCUGCCUGGAAAUGAGAUAGACCAUUCUGCUGACACUUGCUACUAGAAAGAAUACUGUCGUUAAAGAAGGUCAACCCUCUUCAGGCAAACUGGGAUAAGGGGAAAAAAAAGAGGAAAAAGAACCCCAAACAAACCAGCAAACAACCCCCCCAAGUUUUGGCAGUAGCUGCACAAUUUGGCAAUGAACUGGUAUCCAGUGGGAAGUUUCUGUUUAAGCCAGUAGUUAACUUGACGUGGUGGUAGAGAAAGCUGAUGCCAGUCUUACCUGGCAGCCUUUCUUGCCUGUGGGCACCCAUCUAUGUCUGAGCAUGUCACCACAGGCUUCCUCUUUCUAGUUAGUGGAGAAGAGCAGGUGAUUUCUAGGUGGAUUCAUCUGGCUUAUUCUGAACUCUCUAUUUGCACCCUGGAGUUCAUUUUUCUCCAUUAAAUUGAAGUGGGAAUCUGGGUAACGCUCAGAUGUGAAUAGCUGUGUUUGGUAAACGAGUUACACCCCAAAUAGCUAACUCCUCUGAGUAACUGUGUAUAUUGAAAGAGUGUAGUUCUCAGUUGGCCAUUAAUUCCUUGCCUUUUGGAUUGACCUGCAAGGCCUAGAACCUGUAGGCUCACUUGUGUGAAGAACACUGUAUAGUUGGGAUUUAUCUGUAGUGUCAUGUAUUAUAGUGCUUAAAGCUUUAGGCAGGAUUUUCUAGUUGAAAAGCAAGUGUUUGUGCUGCCCCCAGAAUUGUUUCUUCCCUUUUUCCCCUUGCUUUGUGGGGAAAGUGAACUGCUUCCAACCUUCUUCUGGGGGUGCAACUUGCUACUUUUCUUUCUUUUCCACCUGUGCCUGGCUAAAAUCUACAGACACUGAAGCAGCAUCACGUGCUAGCAUCAUGCUCUUGCUCAUGGGAUGGGAAUGAUCCUGGGCACCUGCUCCUUGCAGCCGUCAUUGGCACGCUGCAGGCAAGGUUAAUGCCAUUGGGUAAGGACAUAGAGAUAGGAAGCUUUUCUUCUUUUCUUUUGUCUCGUGAAAACACAGGGUGCAACUGACCAGCAAAUUCUGUGUGUGUGUAAGUUCUGUUGCAUUUGAAGGUACAUCUGGCUUGGUAGUCAAAUGAGGAAGGCGUUUCACUUCACUGUCAUUGUAGGAAUAGGGCACAAGAUCUUUCCUGUUACAAAUCUAGUUGAAAAAGUUUUCCUGUCACCAUGUUUUUUACUGUAUUUGAUGUACAUUGUGUGACUCUGCUGCCUAUGAAGUUUUUUGCCAUGCGAGUCGGAUGACUUAGUUCUUUAUAUGUUAAAUUUUAGAAACUUACAGAUCUGUUUUUAUACUAAAGAACAAGGUUAGUUACACCGCCCGUCACUUGUAAACUGUUCUAAAUUCCAGCUCCCUGUUGGAGAUCAGCUUGUCAACAUUGCCGUUCAUUUCAGAGUAAAAGUACGUUUCCUUGAACAAAUGACCCGAUGAUUGUAAUCCCAGAGGUAGCGAGAAGACAAAGACAGAGCACGUUUCCUUCUUCCCAAGCCGUGAAGGCUUAUGUGAAAUGGUAAAAAAGACUUGGUGGAAAGCGCAUAGGUAGAACGUAGGGUGCUGUUGCCGAGCAACUUCCUCUUCAGUGCCUGAGGAGGAAGGUGAGAAUAUAGAUGUAAACCAGUGACAUAGACUUGUGUAAGCUGGGCUAGGAGGAGAGGUUCCCUCCUUCAGCUGGAGAUUGUGCUGUGUGUCAUUGUACGUGCAUGAAAUACACUGUGCCGCGCUUUCUGGAGUUGGUUUGGACGGUUGGGUUGCCUUUAUCUGACCUUGCUUUGUGCUUUUCUGGGAAAUGACCUGUAAUAUGUUGUAAAUAAUCUAGAUGCUUACGUUUAUAAAGUAGCAAUCAGCAAUUCAUCACCUGACAAUUCCUCCAUAUAGCUAGCCUAGGAAAAUGUAAUAUUUAUUAAAACCGGAAUCAAUGUUGGAACUGCUUACUUGAGAUCUAAACACUUCCCAAUCUUUGCUAUGUUUGAAUCGAUCAAAUGCAAAUUAAAGUAUUUUCUGCUACAA